AUCUUCAUUGCAACUUGCCUGACAGAUCCACCACAGCCACAUAAAACUCAUUAGCGGAAGUGGCCAUUUCCAUGGAGGCCAUUGGGAACGGCGUCCUCUUCUUCGCCUUACUCCUCGCCGCCCUCACCUACGGCUACGCCGCCCUCUCCCGACGCCGCCGCUAUGAUCCUCCUCUGCCCCCCGGCCCUCGCGGCCUCCCCCUCCUCGGCAGCCUCCCUUUCCUCCGCCCUGACCUGCACGCUCACUUCGAUCGCCUCGCGCGCGACCACGGCCCCCUCUUCAGCCUCCGCCUCGGAAGCAAGCUCGCCAUCGUCGUCUCCUCGCCCGCCAUCGCCCGCGAGGUGCUGCGCGACCACGACGCCGUCUUCGCCAACCGUGACGUCCCCGCCGCCGCCCGCAUCCUCUCCUACGGCGGCGACGCCGAAAUCGUCUGGAACCCCAACGGACCCACGUGGCGGAUGCUGCGCCGCGUGUGCGUCCGCGAGAUGCUAGGCCCUGCGUGGCUCGACGCCGUCUACGCACUCCGCCGUCUGGAGGUGCGGGCUUCGGUGGAAAGAAUCCGGUCGCGGGCCGGAAGCGCGGUGGAUGUCGGCGUGGAGAUGUUCCUGGCGACGAUGAACGCGGUGACGAGGACGCUGUGGGGCAGCACGCUGGAGGAGGGCGACGAGAGGAGCAUCGAGGUGGGAAGGGAGUUCCGGAUGCUGGUAGCGGAGAUCACGGAGCUCCUGGGGCGCCCCAACGUAUCGGACUUCUUCCCGGCGGUGGCGUGGAUGGAUCUGCAGGGGAUCCAGCGCCAGAUGCGCGUGCUCCAGCACCGGUUCGACCAAAUCUUCGAGGAGAUCAUCGAGAUGAAGAAAAGGAAGAAGCAACGCGGCGGCAGCGGAGAAGACUUUUUGGAGUUGAUGCUGAGGCUGGAGAAGGAGGGCGGCGACGGGAAGACACCAUUCACCAUGACUAACGUCAAAGCUCUGCUCAUGGACAUGGUGGUGGGUGGAACAGAGACCGCAUCUAACACGGUAGAGUGGGCCAUGGCUGAGAUAGUCCGUAAGCCCGAGAUUCUCCGGCGAGUCCAGGCGGAGCUUAACUCCGUGGUUGGUCGCGACGCCGUCGUCGAAGAGUCCCACAUUUUCCGGCUCCCCUACCUCUCUGCGGUCAUCAAGGAGGUGCUCCGUCUUCACCCAGCCCUCCCGCUGAUGGUCCCGCACUGCCCCAGCGCCACCUGCGUCAUUGGCGGCUACACCGUUCCCGCCGGCGCCAGGGUCUUUGUCAACGUGUGGGCCAUCCACCGGGACCCAGAAAUUUGGAAGGAUCCUCUGGACUUCAGGCCGGAGAGGUUCGUCGGCGUCGGCGAGGGGGGGAAUCAGAGCUGGGACUUCAGCGGCAACGACUUCAGGUACCUGCCGUUCGGGUCGGGGCGGAGGAUAUGCGCGGGGAUGGUGAUGGCGGAGCGGAUGGUGGCGUACAUGGUGGCUACGCUGGUGCACUCGUUCGAGUGGCAGGCGGCGGCGGAGGGGAAUAAGGAAGCGGCGGAGGAGGACAUGGAGGAGAAGUUUGGGAUCGUGAUGAAGAAGGCCCGGCCGCUGGUGCUGGUGCCUACGCCAACGCUUGCGAGAGAAGAUCUAUACUCGUAGGCAAUGCUUCGGAAAUUGGAUUGGAGUGAGAGCUCGACGUUGAUACUUCAAUCCGAUUGCCUCGCAUAGUAUAGAAUAAAAACUCUGUUUUAUAUCAUCUAAGAAAAGCAUUCCUUUUUUAUAUAAGUCAGGGAGCAGGCGAAGGGAGUGUAUGGAAAGUCAUGUUGUUGUGUAAGAUUGGUUAUUAGCUAGAGUUGAAGAUGUGUGUUGGAGUAUGGCUUAUCUGGUCAUCGCGGAUACGACAGUGCCAAGAAGCACGGCCAGGCCAUGUCAGUUACUAAGGCCUCUGUACGUCAUAUGACCGUGUUCUUAUAGCAUGGGCAGGCCGUGCCUUAUAGCACGAUCGUACUCCUAAACACUACUAGGUCGUGGUCCUUUCUGAGGGAUAUGGGACGCUGUCGACAUGGGCAUGCUUGGUAGUGCUUCAUUCUAGAGGCGCCGAUUAGUUCAAGAUUUUUGAGUAAUACGUGGUAUUUUAGUAUAAAAUACCAUAUAUGUUAGGGUUGUAUAAAUAAGAACCUUGUAACCUUAACAUAAUGAUUCUAGUGAAGAAGUCUUAGUCGUUUUGUGGA